AAAAAUUCCCAAUGUGAGUUCUACGAUUUCAAAUCCAAUAUCUGAUUUUUUGAAUCGUGCUUCAAAAGGAGACGUUUAUGGUUUCCUUGUUUCCAUUUGGCGAGUUUUUUGAGAACGUGGUAUGGUUCGAACGCGCAGUGCUUGCAAGAAAGAUUUAAAUAGAAGCGUCCCUGCUAUGUGCACAGCUGAAAAGAAUGAAGGAAAGGUGAAAUCUAGUUUAUCAAGGAAACCCCUCGUUCCUUUCAAAGUGGUCAAACAGAUUUUCAAGGAGGUCCUGCCUCCGCACGUUGGUGUUUCGUUGGGAGCUAUACAGAGCUUACAAUUGGCAGGAGAAGAGUAUUUGCGAGACAUGUUUAGAGAAUCUUCGAAGAUUUCCGCCAUUGCGAAUCGUACUACGGUGUAUGUCGAAGAUUUAAAAUUGAAUCGUAGAUUUUUUCAUCGAAAGUAAACUUAAUAAACGACAGGCCGCUUCG